AUGUCCCAAACGGCACACUACGCUACAGAAGAAAUGAUUGAUAUAAUAAUUGGUCAAGAACCAUACCACAGACACGGCAAAAUUGUGGGUUUUCCGCUUCAAUGGACAACAUUUCAAAAAGAGGAUUCAACACAACCGCCUCGAGCUUUUAUUACAAUCUGCAACCAGGCAUGGACACCGAUUGUGCUUGCUUUAGAGAGGGAUUUUGUGGCUGUCUUACUGGAAAUACUUAAUCAGACAAUAGCGUUAGUAUCCAUCUACUCCCCUCCUACAGAAGAAGCGGACCAUACCAUAAUACGCAUCCAACAGCUAAUGCAAUCUCAUCGUAUAGCAAAAAUGCUCCUUGCUGGCGAUUAUAAUGCCCAUAGCACCACAUGGGGCUACGCUGAUACGACACCUAAAGGGCGUCAUUUCGAAGACUUUUUCUCAAGCAACAACUUUGUAAUUCAUAAUCAAAUAGAUGCGCCGCCGACCUUUGAUAGGCUCCACUCUCGUGGUUGGCCAGACCUCACAGUUACUAGUCAUCAAAUGGCAAAUUUAAUACGUGAUUGGACAGUAGUUGAGGGACAGAGUCUAUCGGAUCAUAACUAUAUACGCUAUAGUAUAGCAAGCAGCACUGCAACUAACAUCAUCCAAAGAUACAACCUACCAGGGCGGAAGGUCCGCACUUUCACUUCUAUUGUUAGUAACAGACUAACACCUUUCGUUAAUCCAAUAAGACAUGCUGUAAGUAGAGAGACCCUCCAAAAUAUUACGAAAGACAUUCUAUUAACAAUACAACAAGUGUGUGAUGAACAUCUCCCAAAGCGUACUACAAAAAGAAUUACCGCACUCCAUUGGUGGAAUGGUACACUGCGUACUCAACAGCAAAAAUGUCGUGCUCUGCGCCGACGCCUCAAACAAGAACGUAGGCAGCAACUAAAAUCCACAAACACUAAUGAUCUACCAACAAGAGCGAGCGUAUUACAAACGCAUGAUCUUAGAUGCAAAAAUUAG